UUGAUCCACGUGAGCUUCCGUCUGAUUCGCUUCCUGUGUGUUGUGCGCGUGUGCAAGUUGUCCUUUACUGCUGUCGCUUUACUAGGCAAACCGGACGUGUUUACCUUUUCAAACAAGAGAAAGCUAGCUUGCUAGCUGCGCAGCUCUGUGACCAAUGGCGAGCGGUGACGAGCAGACCCCGAGACCAAUGACUUUGGAUAUUAUUGGAGAAACAGAAAUCGAAGACACUGUGGCUCCCUUGCCUUCCACGGUGACCCCAACCCAGCCUCCAGAGAUCCUCUUCCAAGAGGAGAGCAUUGACCUCGGCGGUGAGGUCUUCAUUACGCCACAGGAGGACAAUCUUUCCGAUAGCAUGUUGGACAAGCUGAACGACCAGAUGAUGGAGAGUGUCAUGAUCUCUGACUCGCCUAACAACAGCGAGGACGACGUUGGCCAUUUGGAGGCAUUGCUGGAGCAGUUUGAGGAGAGGGAAGAAUUUGGGUCAACCGAAACGGAAGACACAGAAGGAAUAGAGGUGCCGAUGUUGGCAGAGACCACUCCCGAAAUUAAAGUGGAAGCAGAGGAGACGCCAUUAGCCGUUUCUCCAUCUCCAUUAGAUGAGCAGCUGGAGGAAACAAAAGAGGAAGUGGCAGGAGCCGAAACGCCAACGGAGCCCUCCGAGCCACUAGGGGGCUCCCCCAGCGAGGACAGUGCAGACGCUCAGGAGAUGGUAUCCGAAGAAAAGGAGGAGACACCCAAGGAGGAGUCCAUCCCGGUGUGCACCAUCUUCAGCCAAGGGAACCAGCCGAAAACCCAGACCCAGGUGCUGGUACCAGAUGGAUUCCAGCCGGCUCUAGUCAAGUCCCCAAGCUUCAACAGCGGCUCUGAGACCCCCAGCAAGCUGGCCCCCUUAGUGUGUCAGCCGAGCCCCAGUCUGAGCAAGUUCUUCGCCGACAACGGGCACGUCAACCCGGCCUCAGACUUCUUCGACUCCUUCACCACGUCCUCCUCCUUCAUAUCUGUUAGCAACCCCAACGCGGAGUCCCCGCCGGGCCCCGAGCGCCAGCUCUCCUCCUCCUCCGUGUCCUCCCUGCCCUCCUCAGUCUCCUCCCUGCCCGCCUCCGUGUCUCAGGAGCCCGGGACGCCCACCUUCUUCCUGGCGUCCGCCCCCCCGGAGUCUCCUCCCGUCAAGCCGGCCUCCGCCGAGCCGGCCCCGCCCUUCUCCCAGCUGCAGGCCGUGUUCUCGGGCAGCGACGACCCCUUCGCCACGGCGCUCAACAUGAGCGAGGUGGACAGGAGGUACGACGCCUGGCUGCCGUCCGAGGACACCAGGAAGCUGCUCAUCUCCGUGGCGACCCAGCAGCACAGCCCCGUGUUCGUGGAGCGGGAGCGUCUUUCCAUGCCGGGGCUGAAGUUCGACAACCUGCAGGGGGACGCGGUUAAGGACCUGAUGGUGAGGUUCCUGGGUGAACAGGCGGCCAUGAAGAGGCAGGUGCUGACUGCCAGCUCUGUGGAGCAGAGCUUCGUGGGGCUGAAGCAGUUAAUCAGCACCAAGAACUGGAGGGCGGCGGUGGACCUGACCGGCAGGCUGCUGACGGCCCACGGCCAGGGGUACGGGAAGAGCGGACAGCCCACCAGCCACACCACCGACUCCCUGCAGCUCUGGUUUGUACGGCUGGCCCUGCUCACUAAACUGAGCCUGUUCCAAAAUGCGGAGCUGGAGUUUGAGCCCUUCGGGAACCUGGACCAGCCCGACCUGUACUACGAGUACUUCCCCACGGUGUACCCCUGCAGACGAGGCUCGAUGGUCCCGUUCUCCAUGCGGAUUUUGCAUGCGGAGCUGCCCCAGUACCUGGGAAAGCCCCAGGAAUCCCUCGACCGGCUGCACAGUAUGAAGACUGUGUGUCAAAUGAUACUGGAUAACCUGGAGCAGGGAAUGGCAGAGAACGGGAGCAUGAUUAAUAUAACCCAAGAAAACAGGCAAGCCUCUAUUCAACUGUGGAGGUCGCGUCUGUGCCGGGUGGUGUACUCCAUGGCGAACUGUCUGCUAAUGAUGAAGGACUACGUGCUAGCUGUGGAAAUGUACCGCUCCAUCAUCCAGUACGAGCCAGAGCAGCAGCCCCAGCUGCUGAGCGGGAUCGGGAGGAUAUUCCUACAGAUCGGGGACAUUAAAACGGCAGAGAAGUACUUUGAGGAUGUGGAGAAAGCGGCACAGUCGAAGGGAGACGGACGGUGCCAGAACACCUUCAUUCUGAUGAACAGAGCGUUCGUAUACCUGAGCCAGAACAACUACGCGGAAGCACAUGCAUCGUUUGCAGAAGUUCUGAAAAUUGACCCAAAAAACCCAGUGGCAAACAACAACGCAGCGGUGUGCCUGCUGUACCUGGGCAGGCUGAAGGAGUCCCUGGGGCAGCUGGAGGGCCUGGUUCAACAGGACCCUGCGCUCUACCUGCACGAGAGCGUCCUAUUCAACCUCACCACCAUGUAUGAGCUGGAGUCGUCCCGCAGCACACAGAAGAAGCAGGCCCUGCUGGAGGCCGUGUCCUGCCGCGAGGGUGACAGCUUUAACACCCAGUGCUUGAAACUGGUGUAGAGCUCACUGCACAGCCUGCAGUCUGUGUGCCAGAGACAAGGGCAUGUGUAUUCGCAUCAGGACAUGUAAAUAAAAUGUGCACGACUGUUUUCUCACGGACCGAAAUGGCGUGUGUGAGAGCAAAAGAUUAUUAUGUACAAUAGCAUAAGAGUAUACAGCAGGCUUCAGAAUUAUUGGCACCCUUGAUAAAUAGGCACAAAAAUUGCUGUAGAAUAAUAGCUAUUGACAUGAGCUUAAUUUGCCAACACGUAAAGUGGUGUGCUUUAUUAAUGAUGCAAUGGAAUUAACAAAAGUUUCACAUAAAAAAUUAAUUUCCCCAAAAAACAGGUUCCAAAAUUAUUGGCUAUUCCUACUCACAUUUAGAGGGAUUUUUGGCCAUUCCUCUAUGCAGAACUUAAUUGGGAUACCCUCUUCAGUUGAGACCACAGGCUUUUCAUGUGAUUUAAGCCUGGAGACUGAGAUGGCCAUGGAACAUGGUUGUUGUUUUUACUUAACCAUUUCUGUGUGGAUUUUAAUAUAUGCUUGGAGUCAUACAUGGACAAUCUACCUACGACUAUGACUCAGCUUCCUAGCAGAGGCAACCCGAUUUUCUUACAUGAUUUCCAAGUACUUUGCCCAAUGGAUUGUGCCAUUGAUCUUAAGUCGUGCCCCUGGACCACUGCCUGCAAAACAAUAAUGACCCACCACCAUAUUUGACAGUAGGUAUGUGCUGCUUCUCCUUGUAUGCAUGCCAUUUUGCCACCAAACAUGUUGAUGGUCUGUAUGGCCAAACGUUAAAUUUUGGUCUCCUCUGACCACAGCACUCUCUUCCAGUCAUAAAUCGAAUGAGGUUUGACAAACUCAAGAUGCUUGGUUUUUUGGUUUAUUGUGCUCAGUUAUGACUGUCUUUGUGCCACCCUUCCAAAGAAUUUGCUGGUAUGGAGGUGCCAUUUUAUGUGUUUUUUUUUUUUCUUUUAACUUUGACCCCAAGACACAACCAAUCUCUACAAUUCUUAAAACUGCGAUACUUGGGUUACUUUUGGCCUCCCUCACUAUCGUCCUUCCUGUCCAUGGGGAUAAUAUGCACUUGCGUCCUCUUCCAGGCAAGUUUGCAACUAUUCCAUAUGUUUUACUGUGGUAUGCAACUUAUAAGUGGUAUGUUUAACUCGUUGUGUAUUUUUGUUCACCCAUUACCCAACUUGAGAUGGUCAAUUACAGUCUGUCUUCUGAAUUGACAAUUCUGCUGAUGGUUGACAAAGGGAUGUUGCAUGCUUGUUACCUCAUUUUUUAUACUCUGGAACUGGAAGUGAUGGAAUGACACAAUAUAGUUCCUUUAGACUGAGAUUAGCUCAAUUAAAGCAAAAUUGUAUAGCCAAUUUUAUUUACAAUAAUUGUUAGGGGUGCCAAUAAUUUUUAAAAACCUAUGGUUUUCAGAAAAAAUGAGAUCACUAAAUAAAAAACAUUGAAACAUGAGAAUAAAUGUAUAUUGUUUUCCCGUAUGUUUGAACAUAAAAUAUAGACCAUUAUCUUUGUUUAUUAUACGCAGCCAUUUUUAUUAAAGGUGCCAAUAAUUCUGGAGCCCGCUGUACUGACGUGUCACAGGGUGAAAAGGACUUUGCCUGUGCCUUUUGGUCAGCUAAUGGAGUGUUUUUGGGCGUGUGCUUGUGUGGGUAUCGCAGGGAGAAUAAAAAUACAUUUCACUAAUUCCUCACACUUACCAAAUGAAGUUUGAGAGCAAUGUCCAUCUCCCUCUUUCCUCUCUCUGAUGGUCUCAAAUGGUUUUUCAGUAACAGGCUAUUGUUUAGCUCCCUUGUAGAAGAAAUGGUAGACACCAGCAAGCUAUGGUCUGGAUUUAAAAAGGAAUGUAAAAUAUGUGGGUAAUCUGAACCUGUACAUAUCUUAGGGAAAACUUGUAAAAUAGUAUUCGGUUACCUUUCCAUAAUGACUUGUGUCUCUGAGGAAAUACUGUACUUUGUGCUGGAUAAUAGAAAAAGGAAUCUUGUUAAUCCAAAUAAACUUUUACUGAAGUUGAAACUUGAAA